AUGCUGUGCUGCUGUGUUUGACUGUUUGUACAUUUUGUUGGUUGGUUUUGUUUGUUGAUUAGAAUAAUUAAAUAGGUAAUUUUAUGCCGAAUGGUAUUCUUGUUUACGUUACGAUGUUUAAACUCAGCAUAAACUUUACAAGGAGCACUUCAGUGUGUCUGAAGCGCACAAUGUCUUCUCAGGAGUCUGAUGUUUUAUUUGAGACCAUAAAUAAUGCUGGCAUUAUAACACUAAACAGACCUAAAGCUCUCAACUCUUUAAACACAUCUAUGGUCUCAAAACUGCUCACACAACUUCAAGAAUGGCAGAAUCAGAAAUCUCUAGUCAUCAUUAAAGGAGCAGGGGAGAAAGCGUUUUGCGCUGGAGGCGACGUUAAAGCAGCAAUCGAUAAAGUGGAAGGGCCAAGAUUCUUCAGGACAGAGUAUAAGGUGAACUACCUAAUUGGAAACUACAAAAUCCCAUAUAUAGCUUUUAUCAAUGGCAUCACAAUGGGUGGUGGAAUGGGAUUGUCUGUUCACGGCAGAUAUAGAGUUGCUACAGAAAAGACUGUUAUUGCAAUGCCGGAAACAAAGAUAGGCCUCUUUCCAGAUGUGGGUGGUUCUUAUUUCUUACCCAGACUACAAGUCAACUUAGGACUUUAUUUAGGUUUAACAGGUGAUAGAUUAAAGGGGAAAGAUGUUGUGAAAGCUGGCAUAGCCACUCACUUUGUAUCAAGUAAGAGGCUAUAUGAACUAGAGAAACUUCUAUCCAGAUGCACCAGCGAAGCUGAAGUCAGUGCUCUGUUCAACAAGUUCAAUGAACCCGCAGAGGAGUUCUCCCUGGCUGAGCACAUUAAACAUAUCAAUUACUGUUUUGCUGCUUCCACAAUAGAAGAAAUUAUUGAAAGGCUAGAAAAAGUUCAAAAUUAUUGGUCAAAGAAAACUUUGGAGUGUCUUCAUUCGAUGUGCCCUGGCUCUUUGAAGAUCACGUUGCGUGCGCUGCAACGAGGUGCUCAACUGGACUUGGGCCAGUGCCUGCAGAUGGAGUACAGGCUUGCGUGCCGAGCCACUGAGAACCAUGAUUUCCCCGAAGGUGUCCGAGCCCUCCUCAUAGACAAGGACAAUAAGCCACAGUGGAAGCCCAGCACCUUGGCUGAAGCCAAUGAGGACUACGUAGAAGGAUACUUUAAGAGGCUGCCCGACAACCAGGAACUGAAGUUCAACGACUCCAAACUCUAGCAGAUAAGGCAUUCCACUUCACAUACCUAGAUUUAAGUAGACGACACAUGUGCUUCAAUUAUAUGUAAAUCAAAAGUGUCAUAUUUUAGUACCCGCAAACAACAAGCUACGAUGUGGAAAGGCAUGGACCACGGCCACCCGUUUCAAUUCUAUGGAUUUACAGAUUGAUAUAAUCAUAAUCAUUAAUUUCGAAUUUUUAGAAUAGAAAUACAUAGAGUAUUAACUAAACUUUCAAUGAAUACAAAAAUGUCAAAAUUCAAUUACUAUGUUGGUUACAAAUUAUAUUAAAAUACAAUAUUUAUACAAAAAUAAAGUUAAAUGUCA